UAUGCCGAAGAGAAAGUCUCUGGAGAAUACAGAGGGAAAAGAUGGAUCCAAAGUAACUAAACAGGAGAUUUUGAAGGCUGUGAAAUCUGAAGAACUUUCCAGGAGGUCUGCACACUUGCAUGUUAGUACUGCUGAUGCCUACCAGACGGUCUGCCAGAUUGUCAUCGAAACCUGCUCCACCAAAAUCUGAACCUAAACCAAGAAAAACACCUACUAAGAAAGAACCUGGAACAAAGGUUAAUAAAGGUGCUAAAGGGAAGAAGGAGGAAAAGCAGGAAGCUGGAAAGGAAGGUACUGCACCCUCUGAAAAUGGUGAAACUAAAGCUGAAGAGAUCCACCUCUCUCGGUCAACUGUUAAUGUCUCUGCCUCCAGAAGUACCACACCCAGCACUCUGUCAGGAAAGGGACAGAUUGAAACAGGGAGCGUUAAGGGUACAGUAGAAAAUUCUGCGUGUUCGAAGUGACUAGAAGCAGAUACAGUUGUGUGGUGCUUUUACUUUAAACAGUGGGAACUGGCACGGUAAAGCUUCCGUGGAGGUUUGUAAGACAAAAAGCAGUAAAUGCAGCUAAGUGCCUAACGUAGUACAGCCUUGUCUGUUUGACGCCCAAAGUCAAAAUGCAUUUUGCAGAAGAGAUGCCAAAAGCAGAUGUUCCAAAGUGUCUGUGUUGGUGGGGUGGACUUUCCUUUGGCCUAAAAAUGAAGUGUUAAUAGUAACUGUCUCUCCCUCCCCCCUCUCCCUUUUCCUUUUUACAGGCACAGAAAACUGAGUACAUAGAUAACAAGGGAGAAUGAAUUGCCAUGAAAUAAUGGGGUUGAUUUUAUGUACCUCUUGGGACAACUUUUAGAAGCUAUUUUUACCAAGUAUUUUGUAAAUGCUAAUUUUUUUAGGACUCUGCUGGUUGGCAUUCAAAGAUAUAUAAGGAUGGACAUUUUACCUUCUGAUAGCCAUGCAUUUUGGAGUUUUCAUCAUCUUCAAGUGAAAUAAAUACCAGUUUAAUAUUGGAAGCUGUGUGUAAAAUUGGUUCAGCAUUCCAUGCACUUGCUUUAAAAAUUUAGCCCUGUGUAUACCGUGGUGUUUUUAUUGUGCAUAUAUGAAUUUUUCACUGUUUUUCUAGAGCAAUAAUUCCUUGGUGUUUUUGUACCUAGGUUUUAUGUGGUUUUAAUGAAACAUGGAUCGUUAUGGUCACCUGUUGACUGUGGUUUAAAAUAAAAGGUUUUUCUUGCCUGCA